CAGGACUCCAGCGGGCGCCCGAGCGAGCGGGCAGCAGCCGGCGAGGCCAUGGCUAGCACCGCCGUGCAGCUCCUGGGUUUCCUGCUUUGCUUCCUGGGCCUGGUGGGCACGCUCAUCACCACCGUCCUGCCGCACUGGCGUCGCACGGCGCACGUGGGCACCAACAUCCUGACGGCCGUGUCCUACCUGAAGGGGCUGUGGAUGGAGUGCGUGUGGCACAGCACGGGCAUCUACCAGUGCCAGGUCUACCGCUCGCUGCUGGCGCUGCCCCGCGACCUGCAGGCGGCGCGCGCGCUCAUGGUGGUGUCCUGCCUGCUGUCGGGCGCCGCGUGCGCCAGCGCCGUGGUGGGCAUGCAGUGCACGCGCUGCGCCAAGGGCACCCCGGCCAAGACGGCGUGCGCCGCGCUGGGCGGCGCGCUCUUCCUGCUGGCGGGCCUGCUCUGCCUGGUGGCCGUCUCCUGGACCACCCACGACGUGGUGCAGAACUUCUACAACCCGCUGCUGCCCAGCGGCAUGAAGUUCGAGAUCGGGCAGGCCCUCUACCUCGGCUUCAUCGCCUCGGCCCUGUCGCUCAUCGGCGGCACGCUGCUCUGCCUGGCCUGCCAGGAGGAGGCGCCCACCCGGGCCCCGCCCCGGGCCGCCGCGGCCCCCGCGCCCGCCUACCGGCCCCCCGACGCCUACAAGGACAAUCGGGCCCCCUCGGCCGUCUCGGCCUCGCACAGCGGGUAUAGGCUGAACGACUAUGUGUGA